AUGAAACAUUUAUUUGAAGAAGUAGAUGAAGACAUGAAUGAAACUACAGACAAACUUAACUCUUCUCUUAUUCUUCCUUUCAGUAAGGACUAUGAGUUCUGUUCAAAUGGUGUGUAUUUCUAUUGUGGAAAGAUGGGUUCAGGUAAGACAUUUAACCUCAUUCGUCAUAUACUCAUAACAGAGCGUUUAGGAAACGACUCUUACUAUGACCAAAUCAUUAUAUCAGCAACUUCAGACUCUAUGGACUCAACAGCGAAAACAUUUAUGUCAAAAGUUCAAGCCUCUGUCGUUAAAAUUCCAGACAGUGAACUCAUUGAAUUUCUUCAACGUUACAUUCGACGUAAGAGGAAAUAUUAUGCCAUCGUUGAAUUUAUACAGUCAGGAAUGUAA